UUAACAAUCUCUCAAGAUUAAAAAAAAAAGUUCUGUCAUUUUCUGAAGGAAAAAAAUCAGGAAAGAAAGGAAAUGGAAAGCCCAAAUAAAGGAAAGAAAAAGAAUUCUUCUGAUAACAACAGUGACCCUAAGCUGCCAUCGAUCAAGAUUCACCUCCCGUCCUCUCCUCGCCACUCGACCUACGCCGCCUCUUCCCCCACCCCCGUCGCUGGUGCACGCCGUAAGAUCGGCGUGGCCGUCGAUCUAUCUGAAGAAUCGGCUUACGCCGUUCGUUGGACCGUUCAGAACUACCUCCGACCAGGCGAUGCUGUCAUCCUCCUCCACGUGUCACCGACCUCUGUACUCUACGGAGCUGAUUGGGGCCCAGUUGCCCAGGAACAACAAAGCCCACGAACGCCAGAGACCAAGAAGCAACUGGAAGACGAUUUCGAUGCCUUAACGGCUUCAAAGGCGGCGGAUUUGGCCAAACCCUUGAAGGAAGCUGGGAUUCCCUUUAAGAUUCAUAUAGUGAAAGAUCAUGAUAUGAGGGAAAGAUUGUGCAUUGAGCUGGAGAGGUUGGGGUUGAGUGCUGUUGUAAUGGGGAGUAGAGGGUAUGGAGCUGAGUUAAGAGGGAAUGAUGGGAAAUUGGGAAGUGUCACCGAUUACUGUGUGCAUCAUUGUGUUUGUCCUGUUGUUGUUGUUAGGUAUCCUGACGAGAAAGAUGACGGGAAUAUUCAGCCAGUGACGACAACUAAGGAGGCUAAGGUGGAGGGAAAAGAUGCUUAGCGACUCCUUAGUAAUUGCAGCUUUAUCCUAUUGGUAGCAGAUAGUAAAGAAGGCUAUGAGUCGCUCAGGAUUAGCUCAUAUGAAGGAUCAAGUUAAAAUGGAUCCCUAGGAUUCGCUCUUUCUACUUUCAUCUCCGCUUUGUUGGACUUUUUAUCGGUCAAGUUAUCGUAUGGUCGAUGAGUUUCUAGAUUUCCUUUUAUGGCACUCGAGAUCGCGAUUUACUGAUCCGUGAUGAUAUACAAUACGAUAACCCCCGUGUCAACAUUUGCUCUUAGUUUUAUGUGAUAUUAUGUUCGUUUUGAUGUCAUAGUGCUGGACAGAAACAUGAAAACAUCUCAUGAGCUUCACCUUGAAUUUAAGGGCAUUUCUUUUAUGUAUAAAUCCGG